AUGCACUUCACAACCACCGCCGCCCUCACCCUCCUCGCAGCCGUCUCGGCUUCCCCUCUCUCACCCCGUCAAGGAGGCGCCUUCGUCGCUGUCGGUCUCAAGUACUCGGGUCCAGGAUGCACGGAUUCGACGCUGAUUAAUGCGGAUCCUAUUUUCGGUAAUGGAAACGUAUGUCAGCCGCUUGACCGUUUUGAUACUGGAGUACCGAUUCGGAGUUAUAGUACGUCGAGGGUUUCAGAGGGUUGUAGUGGUAAGUUUCCAUUUUUUUUCCCAUUUUCUUCAAGGGUCGAAGAUGGGGGAGGGGGGGGGAUGUGGGAUGUUUUGGAUGAUUAG